GAAGUGAUAAUCAGUACGUGGCCUUUUUAUGUUGGUCGUUAAAGGGAGUCGCUGCACAUCAUUACAACAUGGAACUCGAAGCUAUGACAAGGUACACCAGCCCGGUGAACCCGGCUGUGUUCCCUCACCUGACCGUCGUUCUGCUGGCCAUCGGCAUGUUCUUUACCGCCUGGUUCUUUGUUUAUGAGGUGACUUCAACAAAAUACACCAGGGACGUCUACAAAGAGCUGCUGAUCUCCCUUGUGGCUUCACUUUUUAUGGGCUUUGGGGUGCUAUUUUUAUUACUCUGGGUCGGCAUCUAUGUAUGAAGAGACUCGCUUAAAGUAAUAUGACACAUUCCAGGACAAAAGACAUCACCGACUACCCAAACUGGAUUCUGGAUUAAAUUGGACUGCACUGACAAUAUUUUGGGAUCAUAUGAAUGGAGUCAGGUUUUGUUUUCUCAAGUAAAGAGGAUUUGUACAAA